AUGGCCGACCCUCUCCUCACAAGCCUCUGCACAAUCUGCCACAUCGAGCCGCCGAGAUACAAGUGCCCGCGCUGCACGAUCCGGACAUGCUCCCUCGACUGCACGCGGCGCCACAAGGCGUGGUCGUCCUGUAACGGCAUCCGCGACGCGACGGCCUACAUGCCCCCGUCCAAGCUCAAGACCGCGGCCGGCGUCGACCACGACUACAACUUCAUCUCGGGCAUCGAGCGCGCCGUCCAGCGCUCCGAGAAGGAGAUCGUCGAGGAGCGCGGGCUCCUCCGCCCCGAGGACCUGCGCCCCAUCGAGGUCCGCUCCGUCAAGUGGAAGACGGGCAGGGACGGGAGGAAGAGGAGGGUGCUCGUCACGGAGCUGCUGCGCGGGGAUAACGCGGCGGCGGCCGCCGCGUCCGGGUCGGGGGCCAAGGGCUCCUCCUCCGACCUCUUGUCUUCCCUGCCGUUUAAGAAGAGGCUGGGCAAGUUCGGGAUCCUGCUCAGGCGCGCGCCCAUGGGUAUGGUGAGGCAGAAGGAGAACGCGACGAGCUUCAGCAAGGCUUCGGGCCGGAUCAACUGGCAGGUCGAGUGGCUGCUCGUCGCCCCUUCGACGGAGUCUGCGAAGCAGAAGGAAACCGACGACGAGGACGCCCCGCCGAAAUCCGAGACCAAGCGAAUCCUCGCCAAGGCCCUCGACGACACGCCCCUCUACAAGGCCUUCUUCGCGGGACAAAAGAGCUUCCAAACCGAACUGGCGAAAAAAGAGCAGCAGAAGAACGCAGAAGGCCACGACGACGACGACGAACCCGCCGACGAAAACCGCGACGCGACGAACCCCCGGCCCCCGAAGAAGCGCCGCAAAAACCACCACAAGCCGGGCCAGUCCAUGGCCACGGCCCAGGACACCGAGACGGGCGCCUGGCACCCGGGUCGGUACUGCCUGCAGGGCGGCGGCGCCGGCCCCCGGGCCUCGACGUGGACGCCUCACACGGGCGUGCCGGCCUUCACGGGGACGACGGAGGAAGACGAGGCGCAGAGGAGCAGGUACACCUUCUUCCUCGCGGGCACGACGUCCGCGGCGACGGCGGCCGCGGGGCGCAUCGUCGUCCACCCCCUCGACGCGUCCGUGCCCCUCGGCGAGGCCCUCCGCGACAUGACGGUGCUCGAGUUCCCGACGAUCUACGUCGUCGAGAACGGAAGCGACGCGGAGUUGCCGCGGGCGUUGGUGUCCGAGCCGAAGCCGGUGCUUAUCACGCAGAAGCGGAAGCGGGAUAACCAGUCGUCCUCUAAGAGAGGCGGCAAGGGCGGCAACAAGAAGAUGAGACGGGACCGUGAAGAAGGCGAGCUCGGCAGCGCGGGCGAGGAGAGCGACGAUGGGGACGAGGAGGAGGGAAGGCUCGAUGCUCUGCAGAACAUCAUUGCCGAGGAGAGCCUGGGCGAGGACGACUCGGACGAAGAGGACGACACGUCGAGCAGCUCCGGGUCCGACUCGGAGGAUGACGAGACCGUCAGCGCCAGUCUCGCGGCCAAGUUGGCCUUGUUGCAAAAGAAGCCCUGA